AUGGCGCUCUUGGAGGUGUGCGGAGCCCCCCGAGGGCAAUGCGAAGACUGGGCUCUCCCAGGAGCAGGAAGCAGGCAUCGCUCGGACCCGGGACACUACAGUUUCUCAGUGCGAUCUCCAGAGCUCGCCCUCCCUCGGGGAAUGCAGCCCAGGGAAUUCUUCCAGUCCUUGGGUGGAGACAAAGAAAGAAAUGUUCAGAUUGAGAUGGCCCAUGGCACCACCACGUUGGCCUUCAAGUUCCAGCAUGGAGUGAUUGUGGCUGUGGACUCCCGAGCAUCGGCCGGGAGUUAUAUUGACACUUUGCGGGUGAACAAGGUGAUUGAGAUUAACCCAUAUCUGCUGGGCACCAUGUCUGGUUGUGCGGCUGACUGUCAGUUCUGGGAGCGUCUACUGGCCAAGGAGUGCAGGCUGUACUAUCUACGGAACGGGGAGCGCAUCUCAGUGUCAGCAGCCUCCAAACUUCUCUCUAACAUGAUGUGCCAGUACCGGGGCAUGGGCCUCUCCAUGGGCAGCAUGAUCUGUGGCUGGGACAAGAAGGGUCCUGGACUCUACUAUGUGGAUGAGAAUGGGACUCGGCUCUCAGGAAAUAUGUUCUCCACGGGUAGUGGGAACACUUAUGCCUAUGGAGUCAUGGACAGUGGCUAUCACCCUAACCUUAGCCCUGAAGAGGCCUAUGACCUGGGCCGCAGGGCUAUUGUUCAUGCCACCCACCGAGACAGCUAUUCUGGAGGAGUUGUCAAUAUGUACCACAUGAAGGAAGACGGAUGGGUAAAAGUGGAAAGCACCGAUGUCAGUGACCUGAUGCACCAGUACCGAGAGACCAGUCAGUAA